CGGCGGGCGCUGACGGAGGAGGCGGAGCGGGGCCGGGCCGGAGGCGGCGGCGGCACCGAGACCGGGCAGGUGACUAAUUACUGCUUGGAGUUCGCAAAGACAAAUUCCUGGGGCUGCUGGUGUCCCCAGCCAGCUUCCCACCAUGGACCAGGACUACGAGAGACGUCUGCUACGCCAAAUCAACAUACAGAAUGAGAACACAAUGCCUUGUGUAGCAGAGAUGAGAAGAACCCUGACACCUUCCAAUUCCCCAAUGUCUUCUCCUAGUAAGCACGGUGACAGAUUCAUUCCCUCAAGAGCUGGGGCCAACUGGAGCAUUAACUUCCACAGAAUAAAUGAAAAUGAAAAAUCACCAAGCCAGAACAGAAAAGCAAAGGAUGCUACAUCAGACAACGGCAAAGAUGGCCUGGCCUACUCUGCCCUGCUGAAGAAUGAACUCUUGGGAGCAGGGAUCGAGAAGGUGCAGGACCCUCAGACAGAGGACAGGAGGCUGCAGCCAUCCACCCCAGAGAAGAAGUCUCUCUUCACUUACUCGCUCAGCACAAAACGUUCCAGCCCUGAUGACGGCAACGAGGUCUCACCCUAUUCCCUGUCUCCUGUCAGCAACAAAAGUCAGAAGCUGCUAAGAUCACCUCGAAAACCAACUCGGAAAAUCUCCAAGAUUCCUUUCAAAGUGCUGGAUGCCCCAGAGCUGCAGGAUGACUUCUACCUGAACCUGGUGGACUGGUCCUCUCUUAACGUCCUCAGUGUUGGCCUUGGGACUUGUGUUUACCUGUGGAGUGCUUGUACAAGUCAGGUGACCCGGCUGUGUGACCUGUCUGUGGAAGGGGAUUCCGUGACAUCCGUGGGCUGGUCAGAACGGGGGAACCUGGUGGCUGUUGGCACUCACAAGGGCUUUGUACAGAUCUGGGACGCAGCUGCAGGAAAGAAGCUCUCCAUGCUGGAGGGGCACACGGCCAGAGUCGGUGCCCUGGCGUGGAAUGCAGACCAACUCUCGUCGGGGAGCCGGGACAGGAUGAUCCUGCAGCGGGACAUCCGCACCCCGCCCGUGCAGUCCGAGCGCCGGCUCCAGGGGCACAGGCAGGAGGUCUGUGGGCUCAAGUGGUCCACAGAUCACCAGCUCCUGGCCUCUGGAGGGAAUGAUAAUAAGCUCCUCGUCUGGAAUCACUCCAGCCUGAGCCCUGUCCAACAAUACACAGAGCAUCUGGCAGCAGUCAAAGCCAUCGCCUGGUCCCCUCACCAGCACGGGCUGCUGGCCUCGGGCGGGGGCACAGCCGACCGCUGCAUCCGCUUCUGGAACACGCUCACGGGGCAGCCCCUGCAGUGCAUCGACACCGGCUCCCAGGUGUGCAACCUGGCCUGGUCCAAGCACGCCAACGAGCUGGUGAGCACUCACGGAUACUCACAGAACCAGAUCCUGGUCUGGAAAUACCCCUCGUUAACCCAAGUAGCAAAGCUCACGGGGCACUCCUACCGAGUCCUGUACCUGGCGAUGUCCCCUGACGGGGAGGCCAUUGUCACAGGAGCUGGGGACGAGACCUUGCGCUUCUGGAACGUCUUCAGUAAAACUCGCUCCACAAAGGAGUCUGUGUCCGUGCUUAACCUCUUCACCAGGAUACGAUAAACCCUCUCCCUGCGCCCCAGGAACCUACAGCCUGACAUUCCAGGAUCAGACCACUCCCUCGGCCUGCAUGGACCCCCGGAGCCCAGCCGAGGGGAGGGAGAGCUGAGGGACUGGAGGAGGACCCAGCUCAAUAAAUACGUGCUUGUGAUCCACGCUGGGCAGUAUUUGGGAUGGGGUGGGGAGGGGAGGGAACUGCCAAAGGUUUGUGGAUUCAUCUUUCAUAAAGGGAAACGGGUGCAAGAGAAAUGUUAACCCAGCAUCCUCCAGCCCUCCGGACGGUACCGGGGAGGACUCGUGUGACAUGGACCACUGAGACCGGACUGAGGCCAUCCCCACGGCCAUGCCGUCCCUCCUGGGAGAGAGGAGCAUAUCCUUGUCGCUGUGGGAAGGGGUUUGACGUGCUGCUCUGGGUCCCUGUGUCCUCAGUGACAUCUCUGGAGGCAGGAGCCAGCCAGACUGGGCCAGUACCACUGGUGCGAGUGGACACGGCUCCAGCUGGGCAUCGAAGGGCUUUGUUCAUAGCCUGCCAUCCCCCGUUCCAGGAAGAAACUGGAGAACUGCC